UCCCCUUCCUAUCUCUCUUUUUCUCCUCUUUGGAGUAGUCCAACAACAACAUACUCAGCCACAAAGUGAGGUAUGGGGAGAGUAGGAUAUAUGCAGACCUUACCUCUAUCUUGAGGGAUAGAGACGUUAUUUCCGAUAGACCCUCUUUGGUAGUUCGUCAACUACAAAUACGAGUUUCUGCUUCCUUUUUCCUAUGGUCUCUUUCUUCUAUCGCUCUUUUUCCUCUUUGGAGUAACAAUGCCAGCGCUAUAAAAUAUACGAGUUAAUAUCUUUUCUCAUAGCUUUAAAAUCUUUCAUAAUAAAUAUUCAAAAUAAUUUCUCUAUUUAAGUAAUCUUAAUUGAAAAAUGUGCCUUGAUACUUAUCUUUUUUCAUAAUUUGACAUUCAAAAGCAUAUUUAAAAAUGGUUGCCCAAACACAAUGUGCUUAUCACAUACUUAAAAAAGCAAUCAUUAAAUAAAUCAGCCAAACAAAAAUUAAUUCUCUUCAAAAGUACUUUUCUAAAAAAUUGUUUUGACAAAAAUACUUAUCAGAAUAAGCAGUUUUUGACAGCUUUACCAAACAUGCUCUUGGUCACAAGAUCUUAUAUAAUUGGGAGACUUCCCUUAAUACUACAUCCACUAAAUCAAAAGGGAUGGAUCCAACCUUGUACAGAGCAGCUGUGGAAGGCAAUGUCCAGCUGAUGAAAACAGAUGUUGAAGUUGGCUGCCAAGUUACUCCACAAGGCAACACCAUUCUGCAUCUUGCAGCACUCUAUGGUCACUUUGAUUUGGCCCGAGAAGUUCUUACUGUUUCCCCAGCAUUACUAUGUCGUCAGAACAAGAAAAAUGAAACCGCACUUCACGUGGCAGCAAAGGAAGGGCACACAGAAGUAGUUCGCUUGUUACUAUCUGGUGCCGUAGGCGAGGCAAAGGAAACCCUUAUGAGGAUGACAGAUGACAAUGGUGAUACAACUUUGCACAAGGCCGUGAGGAAGCAACAUGUAGAUGCGGUCAGGGUCUUGGUGAAAGAAGAUCCUGAGUGCGAAUUUCCAGCAAACAAAGCUGGGGAGACACCACUUUAUCUUGCUGCGGAGUCUGGUUUUUAUGAUGCUUUGGUUGAAAUCUUGGAAUCCUGCAAGACACCAACUUAUGCUGGUCCAUGUCAUCGAACAGCUUUGCAUGCAGCAAUAAUUCAUAGACGAGAAGAAUGCGUUAAAUUACUAUGGAAAUGGAAUAGAUCAUUAUGUGAGGAAGCUGACAAAUGGGGUUGGAAUUCACUUCACUAUGCUGUUAAACUAGGACUGAAAGAAAUAGUUGCUGAUAUGCUAAGUUGGAAGACAUCCUUAGGCUACUGUCCAGCGGGCAGCGAGGAUGACUGGACAACCUUAUUCACAUUGCAGCCCAUGAAUUAGGUUGUGUACUCAUGAUGAAAGAGAUAAUAAAGCACUGCCCAGAUUGUUGGGAAAUGCUUAACAGCAGCGGCAGAAAUGCUCUUCAUGUUGCCAUAUUGAACAAUAAAAAAAGGGUAGUUAAAUUCCUUUUGAGUUCUCCAAGUUAUAGUAAUCUAAUUGAUGCGACUGAUGAGGAUGGCAAUACUCCUCUCCAUUUGCUUGCUGCUUCUGGAUACUAUAUGCCAGAAUUAAUAAACCAUCCCAGAGCAAAGCAGAUGGAAUUUAACAAAGA